CAUACCUAGACCUCGUCCCUCCGCUCAUCACUAUCACGAGAAACGCCCACCACACCUACACCACCACCACCACCUCCCAGUACAGACCACAGCACAAUGGCCCAACCACCCCCGCGUCACGCGACAGUGCUCUCACUCAGCAACAGUAACAGCAACUCCAACCUCUCCAACGCCAGCACGGCCAUCGACCGCCCGCACUCCUCCCAAACCCACAUGCCGACGCCGUCAACAUCCAGCACGGGGCUCCGCGUCCCCUCCAACCGCAAAACCAUCUACGACCGCCACCUGAACCGCAGCCGGAAUGCAGAGCUCAGCCGGGCAAGCUUCGCAUUUCUAUUUGCGGAGAUGGUCACGUAUGCCCAGCGGCGGGUGACAGGGAUUCAGGAUUUAGAGAGACGAUUAAACGAACAAGGCUACCCGCUAGGCCUGCGCCUCCUGGAUUUGCUCUUCUAUCGCACCGUCUCCGGCUCCACCUCCUCCUCGCUCUCGAGCUCCUCGUCGACCUCCGCCUCGCCGCCUAACCGGCCCCUCCGUAUCUUGCCCUUGUUGCACCUCAUCCACGGUCCCCUGUGGCGGUUGCUGUUUAAUCGUCCUGCUGACGCGCUCGAGCACUCCGUCUCGCCUGAGACUCCUAAUGAGUAUAUGAUUACCGACAACGAUCCGCUGGUUAAUACCUACAUUAGUGUCCCCAAGGAGAUGAGUAUGCUCAACUGCGCAGCCUUCGUGGCAGGGAUGAUCGAGGGGGUCUGCGAUGGGUGCGGGUUCGAGGCUAAGGUCACUGCCCAUAAUCAGCCGACGGAAAUGUGGCCGAGUCGCACGAUAUUCUUGCUGAGGUUCGGCGAAAGUGUCAUGGAAAGGGAGAAGGUAUUGGAGAGGGCUGGGGUGAAAUAAAUUGUCCCUCAACAAUUGCUGCCAUUUGGGUUGUUGUGAGGCUAGACCUCAGAAAAUACGGCUCACGGCUUACGACUCAUGGUUUAUUGGAGACCAGUGUGUCCUUGUACCAGGGAUUAUGGUCAGCUCUACGCUCUGGUAUUGCAGGCUGGACUGUGUGAAACGCCGAGCGGAUUAGAUCUAGAUACGCCCUCGGACCUCUCGGGUCUGUUGCGGC